GGAAACGUCAUCAAGCUCGAGCUUUCCUGUGGCUGUAGUAGAGCGCUAGCUGAGCAUGGCAGCAAAGGUAAUGAUAAAGAGGGCUGAUCCAGCAGAGCUCAAGUCCAUUUUCUCUAAGUAUGCCAGUGUGGAGAAGAAUGGAGAGCGCUACAUGUCCCCAGAGGACUUUGUCUUCAGAUUCCUCCAUGCGCAAACAGACAUAUGGCUUUCAAAGGAGGCCGCCGUUCUACUGACAGGUGUUUUAGACCAAACCAAAGAUGGGUUGAUCUCCUUCCAGGAGUUUCUGGCUUUUGAGUCGGUGCUGUGCGCUCCGGAUGCUCUCUUCAUGGUCGCCUUCCAGCUCUUUGACAAAACUGGAAAUGGCAUUGCCACUUUUGAGGAUGUGAAACAAGUUUUCGCUCAGACCACAAUUCACCAGCACAUCCCCUUUAACUGGAACUCCGAAUUUGUUCAGCUUCACUUCGGCGCCGACAGGAAGAAGCACCUGAACUACGGGGAGUUCACUCAGUUUCUGCUGGAGAUGCAGCUCGAACACGCCAGACAGGCUUUUGUGCAGCGGGACAGGGCCAAAUCAGGCACCAUCACCGCCCUGGACUUCAGGGACAUCAUGGUGACCAUCAGACCCCACAUGCUCACUCCGUUUGUGGAGGAAAGCCUAGUCGCUGCGGCCGGUGGCAGUACGGCGCAUCAGGUCAGCUUUUCCUACUUUAAUGGCUUCAACUCUUUGCUGAACAACAUGGAGCUCAUUAGGAAGAUCUACACCACCCUGGCAGGCAACCGCAGAGAUGUGGAAGUUACUAAAGAAGAGUUCAUCAUCGCGGCGCAGCGGUUCGGCCAGGUGACCCCAAUGGAAGUGGACAUCCUUUUCCAGCUGGCAGAUCUGUCAGAGCCGAGAGGACGGGUUGGUUUAGUUGACAUCGAGAUGAUUGCACCUCUGGAGGAGGGAGCGCUUCCUUACAACCUCGCUGAGAUUCAAAGACAGCAGUCUGGUGGAGAAGCAUCUCGCUCAGUUCUGAUCCAGGCAGCGGAGUCUGCCUACAGGUUCACCCUGGGCUCUGUGGCUGGAGCUGUAGGUGCGACAGCUGUGUACCCCAUCGACCUGGUGAAGACCCGCAUGCAGAACCAGCGCUCUUCAGGCUCCUUAGUGGAAGAGCUGAUGUACAAGAACAGCCUGGACUGCUUCAAGAAGGUCGUGCGCUACGAGGGCUUCUUCGGCCUCUACAGAGGUCAUCUACCUUCACUUCUGGGCGUGGCUCCUGAGAAAGCCAUAAAGCUUACAGUGAAUGACUUUGUGAGAGGAAAGACAAGGCAGAAAGACGGCAGCGUUCCUCUACCUGCUGAAAUCUUGGCCGGCGGAUGCGCUGGAGGAUCUCAGGUGAUCUUCACAAACCCUCUGGAGAUCGUGAAGAUCCGUCUGCAGGUGGCGGGUGAAAUCACCACAGGCCCACGCGUCAGUGCUUUCUCUGUCAUCCGUGACCUGGGGUUCUUCGGCCUCUACAAGGGUGCGAAAGCUUGUUUCCUGAGAGACAUCCCCUUCUCUGCCAUUUAUUUCCCCUGCUACGCACACACCAAGGCGGCCCUGACGGAUGAAGACGGGCGAGUGGGACCUGGCAGGCUUUUGCUGGCAGGGGCGCUGGCGGGCAUGCCGGCCGCAUCCCUGGUGACCCCAGCCGAUGUUAUCAAGACUCGGUUACAAGUGGCUGCCCGUGCAGGCCAGACCACAUACAAUGGACUCAUUGACUGUUUCUGGAAGAUUCUUCAAGAGGAGGGUCCUCGUGCCUUCUGGAAAGGAGCUGGAGCACGCGUGUGUCGCUCCUCUCCGCAGUUCGGAGUGACGCUGGUGACCUACGAACUCCUGCAGCGGUGGUUUUAUGUGGACUUCGGUGGACAAAAGCCGGCUGGCGCAGAGCCUACUCCCAAGUCUCGCAUCAGCCUCCCGGCGCCCAAUCCUGACCACAUCGGUGGCUUCAGGUUGGCUGUGGCCACGUUUGCUGGCAUCGAGAGUAAAUUUGGACUGCAUCUACCACGAUUUCAAGCAUCUGCAGGGCCACAUGUUUGAGGCCAAGCGAAUACAUGAGGGUGACUAUACCAAACACACACACACACACACACACUGCUUCCUUCUUGCUGUGAACAUAAAACCUUCAGCAGACGAACUGGAAAUCAUGUUUUAUGCGAUUAUUAGUGCAAAUGACAGCUUUAAAGUACAACAUAGAUGGGGAUGAUGUUUAAUAUUUUGUAAAUCUACCACAAAGUUCAGCAGGAUUGUAGUGCGACUGAUUUAUUUUGAAUGUAAAUCAUGUCACUUUUUGUUUAGUUUCUAUUAUUAUAAUGUAUUGUAGUGUAUUUGUUAUACGGUUUCAUGACAAUGUUGUACUUAAAAAUGGGAUAUUUUCCCCCUGAAUAUUAAAAAAAGUUCACUUAUGAACGAUAAUAAUGUAUAAAUGAUCCCAUUAUCUUGGAUACUUCAAAAUGGCAAAAAAUACAUCCCAGGCCAGUAGAUGGCGACUUCAUACUGAAACUCCAUACACACACACACACACACACACACACACACACACACACUUAUGGCACUGUAAUUAUUGUUCUGGUUGUCUUAGUUUUUUGCUGUAGAAUAAAUUUGUAAAUGCAAACACAUGAAGUCUGUGUUCAAAAAAAUCAGACGUCAUUGUUUUCAAAAAAUUUUUUCAUAAUUUUUCGGAUGCUUAUAGCAGUAUAAUUUUCACAAUGCAUAAAGUUCUUCAUAUUUACUUGCAAAUGGUGUCAUGUAAACAUACCAUCAUUUAUUCUUUAUUUAUUUAUUUGAAUAUGACUUACAGUAAAGGGGCUAUACAGUAUGUUGAAUUCGGAAAGGUGUAUUUGCAACAUUGGUGGCCGUUUAUUGAACUGCAGCUAAUAACUUACGUGCAAUCGGACAUGUUUUAUGUGAUUAUCAGUGCAAAUGACAGCUUUAAAGUACAACAUAGAUAGGGAUAUGUUUAAUAUUUUGUAAAUCUACCACAAAGUUCAGCAAGAUUGUAGUGCGACUGAUUUAUUUCGAAUGUAAAUCACAACACAUUUUGUUUAGUUAACCUUUUAUGUUAUUUUAAUGCAUUGUAGUGUUUUUAUUCUACGUUUUCAUGACAAUGUUGUACUUAAAAAUGGGAUAUUUUUCCCCCUGAAUAUUAAAAAAGUUUUACUUAUGAACGAUAAUAAUGUAAAAAUGAUCCCAUUAUCUUGCAUACACAAAAAUGGCAAAAAACUGCAUCCCAGGCCAGUAGAUGGCGACUUUAUACUGAAACUCCAUAAACACACACACUUAUGGCAAUGUAAUUAUUGUUCUGGUUGUCAUAGUUUUUUGCUGUAGAAUGAAGUUGUAUUUAACUGACUAUAAGAAACUUUGUAAGUACAUGUCAAUCUACACUAACCCUAACCCAAACCUAACAGUCUACUUAUAAUCUAAUGAGAGAUAGUUGGCAUGCAGAUGCAAUGAAACUUAAUUCAACAAAAUGCGUUAAAGGGACCAUCAAAAUAAAGUGAUACCAAAGAGUUCAUAUUUCUUUACAUAAAAAUCAAUCCACAGGCUUUCAUAGACGACCCCUGAAAAGAAAACAGUGAUUCAUUUUUAAUUUAAGUGAUGAAUCCAAAAAAGUUCUUCCAUAUAGCCCCUUUGACUAGUCACUUCAUGCUGCUAAUCGGUUAUUUAUUACAGUUUUUCUCAGUGGCUUUGGUGUAUUUCUCACAUCACUAUUUACAUUUGCACAACAGUUAAUGCAUCUCUCAAAGCGAUUAGUCAUUUGUGCACAUCAUAGUAGCAGUUUCUCAUUCCUUCCAACAAAUUGCAGAUGCUUUUGAACAUGCAUCAAUUGCUUUCAUACAACUCUCUGCUGUUUUAUAACAUUAUCAUUUGCUUAUGUCAUGUCAGUCAAAAUGAACUAAACCUGUGAAUGCUGAAUAGUCAUUCCAUAUUAAACUAAUAGUCCUCAUUUCAUUACUUGAGUCAUUAAAAAUGUUGAACUAGUUGUCAAAAUCUGUCAAGUACAUUUUUUUUUAUCUUUUUUUUUUCCUGAAAAUGUCUUCUGAAAAUUUGAUGAAUGAUUUACAGACCUAUAUGUAUGUUGUAGGUUCAGUUCCAAUAUGUACUGCACUAUAGUUUACAGUUGUGCACAGCUCUACACAAAGGAAGUUUAUGUUUGUUGUAAAUAAGGGUGUAUUUAUUCUUUUGCACAAUGCUGUGAAUAGAUUAGAAUUGUUAAGAGCAUGUGCAGUAAAAAUGUGAAACACACAUAUUCAGUGUCUGUAUGUUUCAUGGUCCAGAACUAGUCCAGAACGCAGCUGCCAGGCUCUUAACAGGCACGAAAAAACGAGAACACAUUACACCUGUACUGGUUUCCCUACACUGGCUGUCAAUCCAGUUUAGAAUUCAGUACAAAGUUCUGUUGUAUGUUUUUAAAUCCCUCCAUGGCCUGGCCCCUGAGUAUAUUUCUGAGCUAAUUAAUAUACACCAACCUGUGAGAUCUCUUCGCUCUAAGGAUCGUCUCUAUCUGCAAGUUCCACGAUCACGCUUAAAACGUCGAGGUGAUAGAGCUUUCUCAGUAGAAGCUCCAAGACUCUGGAACGAUCUUCCACUCUCCUUAAGAACAGCUCCAACUUUUGAGUCUUUUCAGAGGUCACUGAAAACACACUUAUUUUCUUUAGCUUUUAAUCAUGUGAUGUGAGUUUAUGUAUUUUAGUUUUGUGUAUAUUUGCAUGCGUUUUAUAUGUUUUUUGUACAGCACUUUGGUACCCAUUGUGGUUUGUUGAAAGUGCUAUACAAAUAAAUUGAGUUGAGUCUUGUACUCAGACACCUCACUAAAUACAGUAAUGUCUAACUUUACUGUAGUUUUCAAAUGGCUGUGAAAAUAGUAUAUAGUGCUGUAUUGAGCAUUUUCAGGAAGUGUCACCAAAAUCUGACCUUUUUUUGCAUUGGAAUAAAUGUACAGAGGAAACUGUCAUAAUGAAAACAUGACAAAGCCAUUUGACUAUCAUGUUCAUAAACAAUGGUGGCAGGACUUUUCAUCUUGAUGACACUGACACUUUCCUUGACAUCAAUACUUGCUUUUGAGGAACGAGCUAUCCACUUUGAGCAAGUGACGCGCUUUUGCAGGUUAUCAACUAGGUUUUGCAGUUUGCACUAAUUGUUUUGAUGCAUUAACUGUUGUGCAAAUGUAAAUAGUGUGAGAAAUGCACCAACUGAGAAAAGCUGUAAAUAUGCAUAUUGCACAGUUUUAAAACCACAUCUGGCUAAACCUGAAGUUGAUCAGUUUACAUUUUCUAAACUAUUAAUUGCUGAUAUGGAGGCUCAGAUUUGAAUGUAUUGUAGUAUUUCACAUUUAUGCUUGUGUUUUGUGUAAAGGUUUGUGUUUCGGGGAUGAUCCUCAUGGUCAAAGUGAAACGAGAGAUUAAAGGUUUUCCAGGAUAUGCCGAUGUCAGUUAUCGUACUGUAUUUUACUGUACAGUAGAGUCGAUUGUACAUUCAGUGUUUAAAGAUUGUGCCUUACUAUAAGUUUGGCAACAGAUGCAUCGAUGGAUAGACGGAUUUAUUAAAUGAGCAAAGUAAAACUGGUUUGCUUGGAGUAUGAUUUAUUUGUCAAUACUGCUUUCAUUUAGCCACACUUCUCACUUAAUGAUCCUUGACGUUCUUGUGAAAUAUCUUUUAGCAAGCGCACAGUGUGAUUGCGUCGCUGUAACACUGCUGAGAAAGCAAACACUUUGAAUAUUGCUAACACAUUUAACAACUUAUAUACUGUAUAUAACUUCAUUUAUCAUGCAGGAUGUUUGGUACAAAAAUAUACACACUGAUAAGGUAUACUAAAAAUAA